AGCUGCUUUGGCUCGGGAAGCUCAGUAUGUGAUGCUUUUGGACAUACGAGCCCCGCGCAGCUAGAAAGGAUCAGCCCAGCGCGCAGCGCGUGGUGGCCUUCCUUGGUCGCCAUGGGGCAGAUCAUGGGGAUCAUCAUCAACGUGAUAUCCCAGGCUCAGCGGGAUCCUUUGGAGAACCUGCGCCUGGCGGUUGAACGUGCAGAAGCCGCAGGUGUUGAGGAGGAUACACUCGAUGACGUGAGGACGAAGCUGGCAGAGCUGGAGAAUGAAGUUGGCAAGGAAUUGUCGAUUUCGAUUCGACAUGCGGUGAGCGGCGAGACUCUCACGGUGGUACGAGCGAGGCCUUCCCAUACGCCUGGCUACCUUCGAGAGCACGUGCUCAGGUCCACAGGAGAGGGCGGGGUAGCUCUUCAUUUCCUUUUUCAGUCGCAGGUGUUGGACGAAAAGGUAAGCCUCAGAGAGGCAGGCCUGUCUGAUGGCGACACGGUGUUCUUGGUUCAGACGCCCCUGCUUUGUCUCACGGCCUCGUUCGAUGGCACGGCACGGAUUUGGUACCUGCAGAAUGGAGAUUGCCGCAAAAUGCUAGUUGCUCGGCAAGGAGGGCAGGUCCAGUCGGCCACGUUUUCCCAAGAUGGAUCAAAGCUUCUCACUGUCUCAUUGGAUGGUGAGGGAAAGCUGUGGUGUGCCGAAAGUGGCCGUCUUUGCUGUGAGCUUUCUGGGCAGCCGGGUGGAGUCCUGUCGGGGGAAUUUUCGGCCGAUAGCCACUGGAUUACGGGUGCAUCGGACGAUUGCACCGCGAUCAUCUGGAAUGCCGACACGGGGAAGUGCUCACAGAUCCUUGCGGGUCACGAUGAUGAUGUGAAAUCAGCCGCAUUUUCACCGGACGCCUCAAUGGUCGUGACAGCCUCUUGCGACGGCACUGCUGGCUUGUGGAUGGCAACAGAUGGCAGCCGCAUUAGGGCUUUAGUUGGGCACGACGAUGUUGUGAAGUCUGCGAUGUUCUCCUACGAUGGACUCCGCAUCAUCACGGCCUCCAUGGAUGGAACCGCGCGAGUCUGGAAUGUAGAUCCAGGCGGGUGCCUGCAGGUACUUCAAGGACAUGCAAAGGCAGUCAACAGUGCGGCCUUUUCACCGGACGACUUGUUGUAUUUGACAACCUCCUUUGACGGCACUGUCCGCGUGUGGGAAGCAGAGUCAGGAGAGUGUAAUCUUGUGCUGCAUGCCGACAACAAAGUCGUGAACACUGCGCAGUUCUCACCCGACGGCUCCAUGAUCCUGGUGGCAUCCGGCACGGAGUGCGUCCGGUUGUUGAGUGCAACGACAGGUGAAUGUAUUACGACUUUGGAUGGGCACGAGGAUUGGGUACGCACCGCCACCUUUUCACCAGAUGGUAUGCUCAUAGCAUCUGCAUCCUACGACGGCACUGCAAGGGUCUGGAGCUCCAGAACCGGCGAGUGCCUACAGACAUUGGCUGGUCAUACGGAAGCUGUCAUCUCUGCUGAAAUCAUCACAGCAUAAAGGCCAGCGCAAUGAACAAAGGCGAUCAAGCAGGAUGGUGCCAUUGACGCCACACCAUCCGACAUGCCGUUCCCGGACUCCAGGUUACAUCCAAUGUGGAGUGAACGCGUUCGCCCGAUGCCGCUGUGGCGAUACAGAGCAAUGGAGAAGUCGUGUAGAGAAUUCCGAUGCUCUUGGG